AUGCCAACUGUUGCACGCGCUGCUCGUCGUCCAUUGCACGUUUAUUUUGGGCGCCCGCCCCCUGCCGUCGCCUGGCUGGCAUCUGGUGCGCCGCGCACCCGCUGGCAUUGGUCUGGCCUUCGCUUGCUGGCUGCUGCUGUCCACGGCCGGGCGUGUGGCCUUGGGCCCGCACAGAACAGCAGCGAGCAUGGCAGUCGGCACACGGCAGACGGGCAGUCACAAUGGCACUGUAACAUGACGUCCUGUCACCGCGUGCGCAUGGCGAUUGGAGAUUGGCACGCUGCUUCCGUGCCGCUACGUGCCUAUAGCAUUGCCAAGGCCUGGCUAGCCUCGCCUGCCGGCUGGCUUUGCUGGCCGCUCAGGGGGGCCUCCACACCCACACACUGCCAUGCCAUGCCAUACCACACCACCCGCCAGGCGCCUCUGCCGUUGCUGUCCCUAUUUACUUGGCUAGCACCCAACCCCUAG